GGCCAUGGUGCCAUCGCCACGCCCCCGGGCCAGCUACAGCCUGACAGGGGUGAGCCCGGCCAGCACGGUGCUGGUGUACCGCAACGGGGACCCCUUCUUUUCGGGCAGGAAGUUCGUGAUCAACCAUCGCUACGUGAAGACUUUCGAGGCGCUGAUCACCCUGCUGAACGAAGGGGUGGAGGUGCCCUUUGGGGUGAGGACCCUGUACACCCCCCAGGAAGGGCACCGCCUCCGCAACCUGUCCGACCUAAAGCAGGGCGGCAAAUACGUGGCCGCCGGGCGGGAAAAGUUUAAAAAACUGGAUUAUAUUCAUAUAAGCAUAAAAAAACCACAAAGACGACGGAAGGCAGUGGUGAUUAAACCAGUAGUUCAUAGUAAAAUACGUGUGCCUUCCAGGUGGCAACUGAUCUAUAAUAAGCCACGUAAUAUCAAUGUUUUCACAAAUGGAGAUAUGCUUAAACCACCUGUGAAAUUUAUCAUACCCAGGUUUACUUUGAAAAGCUGGAAUUGCGUCCUUGCACUAAUAAAUGAAAAAAUCUUUCUUCGCUGCGGUGGUGUUCAUAGCCUGUACACAUUGGAUGGUCAUGCUGUACAUGACUCAGAUGGCUUAGAAGAUGAUCAUUAUUAUGUUGCAGUGGGCAAAGAAAAGUUUAAAUCUUUGCCAUACUGGCGUUCUUCUAGAGUUUCACCAGAAGUUCAGCGCAGAUAUGGUGAGUCUCCAAAAAGGCCCAGAAAGAAAAAGGCAAGAUCAGAGAAACACAGUGCAAGUCAACCUUCAUGUAAACAUUCAGCAAAAUCACAGAAAAGUCCCAAACCAGUAGAUGGAAAAGCACAUUCAGUUUUUUAUGCCAAAGAAAGCAAAGAAGUCAAGAAGGCAAGACCUGAAAGGACUACACCCCUGGGAUCUGAUAAGGCACCAAGUAUUUUUAAAGCUGGUAAACCCCGGGGAGAAGUUCAAGGGGCAGCAGAGGUACAAGAAGACAAAAAUCUGAAAGUGGAAAUGCCUAUUGAUCAGGUUCCAGCUCAGAUUGUCCAAGAAGAAGAAAUUGUGGCACCUGCCAGUACUCGUGCUGAUGAGGUUGAGGAAGAUGACAGUCCCUAUGAGGAUAUUGAAAAAAAGGAAAAAAAGAAAGAAUGGAGCUUCAAAAAUAUGUUUGGAUUCUUUCUCAAAAAGCCUGAAGAAUCUAAAGACAAAGAGGGAGAAUCCGAACAAAACCAGUCUGCAGAGGAACCCAUACCAGAAGAAAUUAAUGAAAAAAAAAGGAACAUAAAGAGAUGAUUUCAAAUGUCAUGUUGUGCUAUAGAGGAUUUUAAUGAUGCAGGCCAGGAUGUAGUUUGCAACUCAUGAAAUAUCAUGCUUACUACAGGGGACUAUCUUCCACACCAUCAGUUAAGACAUAAAGUUCCUCAUAAAGAAACAAAUAAAUUCCUCCAUCUUUCUUGCACAAUUAGAAGUGUAAACCUUUAGUGAGUGGUUAUGUGGUCUUUACUCAUUCAUUGGGUAUGUAUACAUGCUUCCUAUUAAGCCUUGGCUAGUACGUUUGAGAAUGAAGGAGUUUAAUUAGUGACUACCAAGUACUGCAAUCUUUACUAUACAUGUUGUUGAUGAUUAAUUCUUUUUGUAAUUUUCUGAUGAGUUAUUUCUCUGUUUCUGCCUAAUCAGCAGGCAUACUGCGAAAUAUAAUUGCACUUGCAAGAAUAUUACCGUCUCAUAAGAUGAAUAUGUUUGAUGAUUAAAUUAGGUAGAAUAAAGUAAUAACAGUCACAUACUCAAGGAGAAUGACAUGCUGAUCCUUUGCUUUGGUUUGAUGACCUUUAUAAAAAACAGAAUAGCAUUUUAGAAACGCUCCAAUCUAUUUCAAGUCAGUCCCAACAUAACAAGGAAAUGUAAAGAAUCCUCAAUAAGCCAUAUGCUUUUGGAAAAUGAAGGAAUUUCUCCUCAGUUAAAUUAAAAAUACCAGCCUUGAUCUGAGGUCAACAUGACAUAAAUCACUGAGGUAGCAAAAAAUUCUCAAACCUGAUAAGAAAACAUAUUUGCUGCUAAAUUUAAUUACUAACCUUGAUCAGAAAUGUGCUUGCAGCUAGCAUUCAUAUCAGGAGGAGACAGACUUCUGUGCAAACAAAAUGAAAUAUCUGUUGUUUCCUGCAUAUAAAAUAAAUCCUUUCCUACCCACAUUUUCCCUAAUGAUAAGCACCAGUUUUUAGCCAUAUCUUUACACAAUGUAGUAUUCAUGAACUCGUAACUGUUCUUCCAUGAAAUACAAAUGUUUGAUGUAGGGCCAGCGCAAUUCUGAUUGAGAACUAACAUGCAGGAGACGAAAGAUUUGGAACAACUUAGCAAUGUUACUCCUUGAGCUGUCUGUGACUAAGGCCCUGAUUCAGGACAGUACUUCAGCACAUGCUCAUGUGCUGUCCUGAAUCGUGCUUUCCUGAAUCAUGGCCUAUAUGCUUAGUGUUUGGAGAACAGAGUGAGAGAAUAUGUAUUCACACCCAGAAGGAAAAACCUGGUGCUCCCCUGUCAUUUUGUUUGUAUCCAUGUAUUCGUAAAAAGAAAAGGAGUACUUGUGGCACCUUAGAGACUAACCAGUUUAUUU